AUGCUUUGGUGGGAUUGGAGAUGGACAGGAGGAGUUGGCUAUGGAGAAGGAAGUCUUCAGAGAAGAGUCCUGGGGAAACAGAGAGUUCAGGAUCCAUCUCUUCUCAUUCUGAAAGAUUCUCUGACGAUCAGUUCCAUCAAAUUCCAUCUUUUUCGUAAAGUUUCAUCAACAUCUUCUUCAAUUUCUGCUAGUUGUUCUGGCUCUUCACUUGCAAUGCCGCUGUCUGUUGCUCGUUCUCAUCAUUCUGAAAGUUGUAGCAUUGAUUUUAUCUGCUUGCAAGGCAUGCAUCAUCCAAUCAGUUUCAGUGGAAAAAGAAGAUGCACAGUUAGAAUGAACAGUAAGACUCACCCUUCCAGUGGAACUCUACUUGACCAUAUCCAUAUUUCUAAAAAUGUGCCUUUCCAUUCUGAAGGUGGAGAUGGGUGUAUAAGAUCCCUUGAGCAGUUCUUAUGUUUUUGCAUUCUACAUGCAAAUGGUGGGUUUGUCCUUUUGGAUGAUGCUGGAGAAAUUCUGAUUUUUUUCCCCUUCCUCCUGGCAAAGGUAUAUCCAACUCAUAAUCCUCAAUCACCAGAGGUUACAUCUAAAGCUGUACUCACUGAUGAAGACAUUAGUGACAAUGUGAGGACUUUGACAGAGAAACUAUCUGCUGCUCUUCUGAACGUUAGUGCCAAAGAAGAGUUGGUAAAGCAGCAUGCCAAAGUUGCAGAAGAAGCAGUCUCAGGGUGGGAGAAAGCUGAAGAAGAACUGUCAGCUUUAAAACAAAAACUUGAGGAUGCUACAAAGAAGAACUCUGGACUUGAAGAUAGAGUUGGUCAUCUAGAUGCAGCACUUAAGGAAUGUGUAAGGCAGCUAAGACAAUUAAGAGAAGAGCAAGAUGAAAGGAUCAAUGAAGUUGUCGCCAAGAAAAUUUGCGACUGGGAAUCAACGAAAUCUGAGCUUGAAGGCCAGCUUGUUGAGCUCCAGGCUCAGCUACAAGCUGCAAAAAAUGUAGCUACUGUUGCUGCUCCAGCUGAUUCUGAUUUAUGGAGAAAGCUUGAUGCUGUAGAGAAAGAGAACUCGUCCCUUAAGUGUGAGCUCUUUUCUCGAGAUGAGGAGAUAGAGAUUAGGAUUUUGGAGAGGGACUUGAGUACCCAAGCUGCUGAAACAGCAAGCAAACUACACCUGGAAAGCAUAAAAAGCUUGCUAAGCUUGAAGCUGAGUGUCGGAAGUUGA